CUUCUUCCAACAACCGUCAAACGAUACUGGGGCUCUAGCCAAAACCAACCGAGGGCUCCUCGGUAAUUGGACCAUUUGCUUCCCUGGCGCGCCCGGCCUAGCCUGCAACACAGUUUUUACCCUUUCUUUCCUUAUAAAUGAUGGGUUCGUUGAAAUGCGGUUGUUUAUUCGUCGAUCGUACGCCGCCCCGUCAACAGCUCUUCAAACAAACGAAAACGAACCAAAAAAAUCAACGGUAGUCGGGCUGAUCGGAGGAAGUGGUGUUACAAAGUGCGUGUUCAAAAGAGGGUUGAAGUCGAUGUAAACACCUGCAAGUUACUACAAUGCUGCAAUUCCAUGUGUUUGGUUCGGUUGGGCCGAAACGGCCCAUUGGGUUCGCUCCGGGAAGUGAUCGGUGGUGUUUAGUGCUAGUGUUGGUUCUGGGACUAGGGACGCUAGUGACUCGUGGUGACCCCAUUCCGGAACCGGAUCCAGCGAGGAUCCUGGGGAAGUACUACUUUUCGGUUGAACCUGGACAGAAAGAGUACACGCUGUCGAAGAAACCCGUUGAUCUGAGCCAGAUCCUCGGCGACGAUGACCUGGAUCCGGACAGUUCGGCGAGUUACAGAGAUCUCGUAGGAGGAGGUCACAACCAUAACAAUCAUAACCAUCACAACCAUCACAACAAUCAUCACUCUUCGUCGUCUUCUUCCCACGGGUCGGGAACAUCGCCGGGGUUCAUGACCUCGUACACGACCUCUACGCGGCAUGGCCACAGCCUAAAGAGUCCCAGCCUCAGCUACGAUUCCGGAAGUAGCGACGAGGACAGUGACGAACGUGGUGGCAACCACAACUACGGACACAGCAGUUCGGCAUACUACAGUAGCAGCAGCAGCAGCAACAGCGGAAGCAAACGCAAGCCGAUUAUCCCGAUUCUGCAGUCGUACAGUAUCAUCCACGCGACCAAGGAUCAUCAUGCGCCGCCUUCAAGCAGUGUCAAGUACGUUGGAUCCAGCAGUGGCAACAGCUAUACCGGAAAUAGUGGCCCAAGUGGUCCCAGCAACAGUGACGAGGAAGACUACUACGAAAGCAUCCCGUACACGCCCCCGAAGGUGAUUCACACCAAGGCUCGGGCGGUCCCGAUAGCGCAGCACAUCGAAGUGGAGAGGCCCGAGCCGAUUCCGUACGUGAAGAAGAUCCACGUGCCCGUACCGACGGAGGUGAAGAUCCAGAUUCCACAUCCGGUGCUGGUACCGGUGCCGCAGCCCUACCCGGUUCACGUGCCCGUGUCGCAACCCGUGGCGGUACCCGUAAUUCGCGAGAUUACCAUCCCGAUCGAAAAGAUCGUCCCGUACCCGGUGGAGAAGCGCGUGCCCAUCCCGAUCGAGAAGCCCGUCCCGUAUCCGGUCGAGAAGCACAUCCCGGUGCACAUCCCGCAGCCCUACCCGGUCAAGGUGCCGGUCGUCAAGACCAUCUACCACAAGUAUAAAGCCCCGCGGACUGUCGGCGUCGGCAGCGUGACCAUCCCGGAGUAGAUGGAUUUUAAUUAAAUUAAUGUUCUUUGUAAGGUAAUUAAUGAGCGGGGGGAAAUUUACAACUUUUGCUGUAAAUUGAACCGAGUUUGAACAGUUGUUGAAGUUUGUUUACACUUUUCUGCCCGGGGAGCGAUCCGAAAAAAAGAAAUGCAAUGAUAAAAACAAGAGAACAAACAUGCAAAAAUGCAAAUUUGCAUUAAAACAGUUGAAGUGAAAUAAAAAAAGGCAUCGAAAUGAUAGGAAACCACCGCACCUUUAGGGCAGAGUGGUAAAUUCAGAGUAGCAAAAGUCCAAACGCCGGCGCCAAAGGGAACAAAGCUUGUUAACUUGCAUGUAAAUGUUUUUUUUGCACCACUUGGCAACCCAAGCCUACUGCUGCUGCUCCUCGUUGAAUGAGUUGCCGCCAAGCCCCGCAAGUUGUUAAUUUAUUGCUUUCCAAUUAUUAUUUUUUUCUGCGCACACACACGUGGGUCGGGGAAGAGAAUCGAGCGCCCACAGGUGGACACGUGAUAUGUUUGCUUUGGCUCAUAUUUUUAUGCGCGUUGCGCGGCUUCCUUCCUCGUGCCGCAGACAAGUCAGAAAAAUUUUAUGGACAGAGGCGAACGCAAAAAAAAAAUCGUGGAUUUUUUUGCUCUCCAUUUGGUUUCAAAGCAUUUGACUGAUAUUUAUUUGUGUUUUGUGCUGGAAAAAUUUACAUCGAUACGAAACCAUAACAAUAGCAGUUAGUUGGCCGGGCAAUGUCUAUGCUACUGGGUUUAUUUAAACAUUUGUGUUAGUAUUACGAAAGCUUACCGACUAUUGUACAUGUUGUUGCUAGGUUUGUAUGCUCUGUGUGACCUAUCUAUUUUUUUUUAAACUAUUAUCAAUAAACCGAUAUCUGUUGAAACAAAAUAAAAACAUGCUUAUUAUUUCUCUACUAAGAACAAGUUGAUAUGCACAUCGAACAUGUCAUGGUAUAAAAAUCAUAAUUUUUAUCUAUCGUUACAUUUUCUAGAACAAUUAGAUCGGUUAAAUCAAUUAACUGCGCAGCGUUAGUGUGUUUCUAUUGAAAUAAAAGAGUUGUUACCAUGGAACGAUGAAAUUUUU